CGGCAAUAAUUUCUGUCUUCACUUCAUCGCGCCUCUACGCAGCCAUCUAUCUUCAAUUCGUCUCUGAAGUCUUCGUCUGUUACUCUAUGUCUGUACACAAAUGGAUUACGUUUCCGAACGAAAACGAAAGGCAGCUGCCUGUAUGAAGUCAACCAUUAAACGUCGAGCACUUCAAGACUUCUCCAUGCUUUUCGAACUCCCAACCAUCUGCCAACAUUCAACGCCAACGAUCGCUCAACCUCCUUACAUUCGGAUACCUCUCUACGACUACCAGCUGCGUUCUCUGCAUCGAAUGAGAGAGAUUGAGGCGAAUCCGAAGAUUCGCGAUUUGGGAACGUUUCAGGACGAGUUUCACUGCAAAGGCGGAUUAGUAGCCGACUGCGUUGGCAUGGGAAAGACGGCACAGCUCAUUGGGUUGAUGUUGUGUGACUUGAACGACAAGAAACGUUCAAUGUUUAGUAAUCUGGUGGUCACGUUGAGUCACUUGUGUCAACAAUGGAAGGACGAGGUUAUCAAGUUUGCCGGCGAUCGACUGAGAGUCGUUGUGAUAUCCAAUCGGUCGCAGCAUUACCGACUGACACGAGACGAUAUCGUGUCAGCUAACGUCGUCAUUCUGAGUCUUGACUAUUUGACUGGCUUUGUGUAUCGUGCUCUAUGGCACUGGCAUUAUGUCAUCAGUAAACAGAUGAGGAAACGUGAGGUCAUCUCGUGGGGUGGCCUUUCUGUGAUGAAGGAGCCGCAACUGAGACAAACGUGUGUGUCUGAUAUGUUGUGUGAUGCAGCUGGGCCCGUGCGAUGCCCAUUGUGCUUCUCAGUUUGUAAGGAUUUUGAUGCGUUUUCGAAGCAUCUGUGCAAAUAUUCACAUAGGGAACUGGAGAGGUCUGUGUUGGAGUUCGUGGAGAAUGGUUGGCUCAAAAGGGAACAGGAAGAGCAAUGCGAUGAACACUUGCCAGACCAUUGGGUGAAAGAGCCUAGUCCAAUGAUGCAGACGUUUCACUCCACACAUUUCCGUCGCAUCGUGUUCGACGAAUGUCACGAGGCCAUUCACCUAGACAAUGAAGCUCACAUGGAUCUGUUUAGCUCACUUUCUGCAGACAACGUGUGGUGUGUGACAGGCACUCCAUUCCCAAUGGGAGAUCUCAGUGUUUACGGAAUACACAGACUGCUUGGUAUAAAGUUGAAAUUGCACAUAUCAGAUACACCGUUUGCAAUAAACAAACCAUUGGCUGCUGAUCAUCCAUUUGAGAAGUUGAAGAGAAAGAUUUAUCUGAAGAACACACCGGAGAGUGUUGGUGAGGAGUGGGAGAAGAUAACGGCAGGUCGACUUAUGUAUAUUGAUAAUACAGCAUUGCUGCAGUUUAGUGACAUUGAACAAGGAUUUUAUGAUGAGCAGGCUUGAAAGAUCAAAACUCAUGAUCCGUAUAGUCCUUCAUUCAUUCCACUACGCCAACUCUGUUGUCAUCCAGCAGCUAACGAAGAGUGGGCUGUACGACUGCAAAGUAUUGGUCUCAUUGGAG